AGCUGGUCUUGGCUUGUUUGGUUCUUCGUUUCUAUGUCGGCCAUGGGUGCUCUCAACUCAGUAAUCUACAAACGUGGGAGGCAACUCUUCGCCUUGGCUCGAGAGGGCGUGCUACCGGAGAUCGCAGCCAUGCUCAACGUCAACUACUACACCCCUAUCCCUGCGACCUUCGUCACCCUCAUCGGGCUCAUCUACCUGGUCGAAGACGAUAUCUUCACUAUCAUCGCGUACGUGGGCUUCGUUGAAAACAUCUUUGACACGAUGACGAUUGCCAUAGUGCCCUAUUACCGAUGGAAGUACCCGGAUCGGGAGAGAACGGUCAAGGUACCCCUAGUAUUGGCUUUUUUCUACAUGUGUUGCCAAAUCUUCGUAGCAGUUCUUGCAUUCUACUUGGACCCCUUGAAUAAAGCAAUCGGCAUGACUGCCGUCCUGACGGGUCUUCCCGUCUACUUUGCCUUCUAUCACCCAAGGUACAAACUCAAACAAGAGUGGGUCAAGUCUACUUCAGUGAAGCUGACAAGAUUUUUCCAGAAGCUGUUCAACUGCGUUCAUCAAGAAAAAAGGACCUUUUGAAUUCCAUUGAAAUUCAACCCACUAUGCCUCUGUAUCUGAAACAAAUGUAUAACUUCGCCUCUUCUCUAGAGUAUGACUUCGUUGUAAUGAUUAAAGUUUUCUUCAAAUAGUCCUUGUAUUUCACACAAUUAAUGCUACAAUGAGAAAUUACAUUGAUGUUUAUAAACAAUGAAGAUUAUUCAAUGUAACAUUCUCGACUAUAAUGGUAAAAUGUCAAGAUGAAUUUUGUAUGUAUUUACUUUGACAGUUUUUUGUUUCAUAAUAACCUAACCUGCAAAUAUUCUAAGGUUUCUUUUAACACUAUACUUCUAAUACU